AUGAGUAACUUGGGUGGUAUUAUUAUCUUAGCUACGGUCUUACAGGUGAUACACGCGCAACCACCAGCAAAUAUUCCCGAGUUAUGCUUAGGUAACCCACCAUAUUUGGAACCCGCACCAGACUGCUGCGAUAUACCACCCAUGUUCAACUUGAAGGAAAUGUAUAAGUGUGGCUUCCCAGAACCGGACAGCGUGCUUCUUAAAAAACGUGUCACUAGCAGAGAUUGUCCAAAGUUUAAAUGCGUAGCAAAAAAAUACAAUGUUCUACGUGACGGCGAAGUCGACGCAGAGUUGCUUAAUACCCUCAUGGACAAUUAUGUGAAGAAGAACCCUUCAUUCAAAUCAGCAAUUGCUUCAGCGAAGAAGACAUGCGUCGGAAAACAACUCACCGGUAUGGAGUCAUGUCCUCCGGAAAAAAUAUUUGCCUGCAUCUUUUCAGUAAUGCUGUUUGAAUGUCCAGGAUGGCAAACUGACCCUCGCUGCGAUUACAUGAAAGAUUUUAUGAGAAUUUGCCCACCUUACUUGUUUAAAUUUUAAAAAUAGGGUUUAUGUUCAUGGGUUGGAAAGAAGCAAUGUUUGUAAAAAGGUGUACAUGUAUAUAUAUAUCUACAAGGAGUGACACAGAGGUUAAAACCACCAAAUAUUAAUUAAUUUUUUUUCGAAUUCCGGAGUUCCGGAUGAAAGAAACUUCUCUCUCUAUUCUAUUUAUGACGAUCAAUAAAAGAUUGAAAGUGUUUAUUAACUACUUAAUAAACACUUUCAAUCGAUUUCGGUUAUAUCUCAUCAUCAUCAUCAGCCUAUUGCAGUCCACUGCUGGACAUAGGCCUCCCCUAAUGCACGCCAUUUCGCCCUGUUCUCGGCUUGACGCAUCCAUUUCCUGCCAGCAAUCUUCCUCAGAUCGUCACUCCACUAUUAUAUCUACUAUAACCGAAAUAUAAUACAUGUAGUUAUUUUUAUAUUAAUGAAAGUUGAGUUUGUGCAUAAAUAGUUUAUUUAUAAUUUUUUUAUAUUUUUUAUUUUAUUUCAACGUGUAGGAAAUAGCAACUGUUGAAUGACUGAUUUUGAAGCAAAAUAAUAACUGAAAAUGGAACAUAUAGGAAAUGAAACUAUUUUUCCGGAUUGAAAUCGCGUAUAUUUGUUUUUUCAAACCAACCAACGUUUCGGGCCCUUUACAGGUCCCAUGGAAACGGUUGACAACCGUGUUGAACAACAAGUCAACAGUCAAAAUAGUUUCAUUUCCUAUAUGUAACAAUCGCGAAAACCUAAGAACCCGAGUCUAUAUUUUUUAAAUGUUAGGUAAACAUUCAGACAAAACUAUAAGCUCACUAUAAGCCUGUCUCGUACAGUACGCGCUGUUAUGGCACUAGAAACUACUUUAUUGCAUACAAAUACAAAAGCUUCUAUUUUAUAAUAUGUUGUAUUUUUUUUAUCAUAUCAAGUGACGGGAUGCACAGUAAUAGUAAGCUACACGCCUGUCCAUAACGGUUGCAGUGCCACUAAGAGUUUCAAACCGCAAAGAUCGGAGGGGCACUGCCACUGCGCCGUUCACCCUGUGACAUGAGUUGAUAAGACACAUGUAUCUGUAAUUUCACCAGCACCCCUGCAUCUCAACCGGUACGCAGUAAUACUGACAUUACUGCUUGGCGGCAGAAAUGGGUAAGGUGGCAGUAUUUCCCUGGACGAACUCUUUCACAACGAGCUCGACUGCUACUAAACAUAUUUUCCAGUGUAUGCCUGCAAUUGCAACAAACUGCUUUGCGUUUUCCAUUUUUAAAAUUAACGUUGAGUGAAUAUCCUAGAAAAUAUAUUUGUCAUCAGCGAUGAAACA